AUGUGGGGCGUGCUGAUCUUCUUGCGCUUCUACUUCGUGGUGGGGCAGGCAGGCAUUUUGCAAGCCUUGCUUUGCGUCCUCAUCUCCUUCACUGCUGCAUUUUGCACGCCCGUUGGCAUCAUGUAUUGGUUGGCCAUCACCUUGCUGGCCGUCUUGGAGGUUCUGGGCGCCGUCGAAGCUCUACUGAUGGCAGCGCCUUCGUUGAACUUUCCGGGCUGCAAACAGGCCUUUGGCUCCGGCUUUAUGGCCGUCCUCGUGCUAUCUGUCUGGGGAGGCACCAACUUCGUGACGAAGCUGGGGAUUUUCUUCGUUCUCAUCGUGUUCUACACGAUGGGAUCAUACUAUGCGGGCAUUGCAACGGCCCCAUUGACCGAGGCAGCACAGGCCAAUCCCUGGGUGACCGGCAUCAGCUGGGACACGUUUCAGAAGAAUUGGGGGCCUCACUACGACAGCGAGACCAACUUUGGUGUCGUGUUGAGCGUCUUCUUCCCCUGCUUCACCGGAAUCCUCAGUGGCGCCAACCGUGCAGACAUUCUGAAAGAUCCGCCCAAGAACAUCAAGGAUGGAACCUUUGGGGCGAUCAUCUUCAGCUUCUUCAUGUAUUCGUCCUUUUUCCUUCUUUGGGGAUGCGUCGCAGACUACCGCUACCUGCAAGGGAAGGAGUACUACUCGGACAACAACUCCACGGAUGAUCACCAUCGUCGACUUGCGGCGGGUGCGGGCGAACACUUGGUGGAGGAGAUUGUGUGGAAUCCCUUCCCAAACUCCGCGCACAUCGGCAUCAUCAUUUCCUCGCUGAGUCAGGCCUUGCAGUGCCUCAUCGUGGCACCGCGUUUGCUCCAAAACAUCGCGAGGGCCGGGAGCCCCAUUCCGCGGGCCCUGACGCAGUGGAUCCGACGGAAAGACAAGAUCCUCACCAUCUUCGAUCGCAUUGCACCCUUGUCCAAGCAUGGGGAGCCUGUUCGUGCCUUGGCUUGCACCUACAUUUUUGGUGCCGCCUUGGUGCUCAUCGGCGAAGUGAAUGCGGUGGCACCCUUAUUGACGAUGUGCUUCCUGGUCGCGUAUACCUUCAUGAACUUCUCCUGCUUCGUCUUGACCUACGUGAGAUCACCGGGAUUUCGCCCCUCAGGUAUGUCCCGAAGACGGUGGCGCAUCUGGUAUAUGUGCACGGGUCUUCUUGGAUCAUUGGUUUGUUUGUCGAUCAUGAUCAUCGUGAGCCAGCUUUGGGCACUCGUGGCGCUGGUCACCAGCUUCUGUUUGUAUCUCUACAUCAACUGGCGCCUUGAGCAGGCUGAAUGGGGAAGUGCUUUAGAUGGUAUUCGCUAUCAGUUGGCUCUGAACUCCUUGAUUCAACUCGAGGAGAGUGGACACCAUGCCGUGAAUUGGCGUCCACAGGUCUUGGUCUUGUAUCGGAUCCACCUCUCAGAGGAGUUGAAGGGCAUCAAACAUCACGAGAUUCUCCGAUUCUACUCCUACUUGAGGAAGGGCAAUGGCUUUGCAUGUGUGGCUUGUGUGCUGGAGUCCGACACCAAAGAUGAGCAUGCCAUGCACAAGGCCUCCAUCGAAAAGGAUGUCAUCAAGAGCAUCAUGCGAGAGGAGCAGAUCCGGGGCUUCGCUGAAUGCGUGGUGGCGCCCAGUUGGUCCGAAGGUCUCCUGGCGGCCAUUGCAUGGAAGGCUCAGGAGUUCUUGAGUGUGGUCACGACGGCUUUAGCAGCAGAGAAAUCCGUCUUAGCGGUGAAAGGUCUCAAGGACAUGCCGCUGCAAGCCGUCGUGGGCACCAUUGACGUCUGGUGGAUGAUCCACGAUGGUGGCUUUAUGAUUCUCCUCUCCUGGUUGUUGUUGCAGCAUCGCAUGUGGCGUCAAUGCCACAUCCGCGUCUUCACCAUCACCGAGGGCGUCUCUGAGGAACGUGCCAAGAAUGCCGCCAAGCUCUUGGCGGAGACGCUCCGGAACCGUCGCUUGUUCGACGUGGACGUGGAGGUGGUGAUUGUGGAUGAUGAAAUGAUUCAGCCUUACACCUACGACUGGUCGCUGCGUGUGGAUCAACGUCACAAAUUUGUCCAACAGUUGCAUGGCGCGCAGGGUUUGAAUGCGGAUGCCAUCCCCUUGGAAAUUGAUGAUCUCUUCAAGAUGGAGGAAGAGAAUGCCUCGGACGCUGGCAACAAUCAUACUCCCACUGGCACUUUAAAGCCGGUGGUCUCCAGCAAGGAGGGCACCACGGGUCAAGUGGCGGUCUGUGACCUGCGCGCCGCCUCCGAGUGUCCGGACAUCUCCGAGCACGCCAGCAAGCACAUCGCCGAUUGGAAGCACGACACCGCGCCGGUCAAGCUAGAGGCGGGUGUAGGUUGGUAUGUUGGGGAGUCGCUCGUCGCUCGUCGUGCCGUCGACGCCCAGGUGGCAUCCUUCACCAAGCUCAACGACAUGAUCGCCCGGCGCUCCAAACGAUCUCAGCUCGUCGUCAUGAAUAUGCCUGACAUCUGGAGCACGGAGGAAAGCGAGGUGAAUCAUUUCAUGACCUACUGCGACACCAUGACCAAGGGCUUGGAUCGUGUACUUUUCGUCCACUCCUCGGGGCAUGAGGCCCCGAGUCCACGUCCACGACCGGCGGUGUGA